AAUAAAUCUGAGCUAUCUCGGGUAGGAUUACUUUCAACUCUUUAUUUCAUGUUUUCUGACACCGACCCCCAAUCUGUAAUUAUCUCAGAGACACUGCGGGGGCUUAGUACUUUCUAGAUACUCUGGCUUUGUUUUCCUCUUUUAUUUAUUUAUUCACUUAUUUUUGCCUGUAUCUUUAGGGUUUGAGAGCUCUGUGUGUGUGUGUGUGUGUGUGUGUGUGUGUGUGUGUGUGUGUGUGUGUGUGUGGUUUCAUCCAGAGUGCCAAAAAAAAAAAAAGUGCUGAAGAGUCCUAGGGAGAUGAGGCUAUUUUUGUUUGAAGCUGAUACUUUUAGCUGAGCUACAAGUACUGCUUGGAAAGGGCUUAGGUUGUUUCCAGGGGGAGAGCUCUGCAGAGAAGAGGCAAAGUUCAACAAGACCACAAAAAACAACCAAAACAGCCAGGAAAAGAAGAGCCCUUGCAUUAACCCUCUACCAGUGUUCUCUAAUCCUACCUGAUUCUGCAAAGUGCCACUUGACUGGAACUUUUCACCUGAUUGAUUUCUGCACCCACCAUGACUGAGAUCACAGCUGAAGGAAAUGCAUCUAUAACCACAACUGUGAUAGACAACAAAAAUGGAUCUGUUCCCAAGUCCCCUGGAAAGGUGCUGAAGAGGACUGUCACCGAAGACAUCGUGACAACAUUCAGCUCCCCUGCAGCCUGGCUUCUGGUCAUCGCCCUGAUUAUCACCUGGUCAGCUGUUGCUAUUGUGAUGUUUGAUUUAGUGGACUACAAAAACUUUUCAGCAAGCUCCAUCGCCAAGAUUGGCUCUGAUCCUCUAAAACUAGUGAACGAUGCUGUGGAGGAAACAACAGACUGGAUCUAUGGCUUCUUCUCUUUGCUAUCUGAUAUCAUCUCAUCUGAUGGUGAUGAAGAUGAUGAGGAUGCAGAUGAGGACAUUGACAAAGGAGAAAUAGAAGAACCUCCCUUAAAAAGAAAAGAAAUACAAAAAGAGAAGGCUGAAAAGCAGGAGAAACCUGAGAAGAAAAUACAAACUAAAGUUUCGCACAGAGAAAAGGAGAAAGGAAAAGAAAAAUUAAAAGGAGAAAAACCUGAGAAGAAAGCAACUCACAAGGAGAAACUUGAGAAAAAAGAAAGAACAGAGACAAAGAUGGCAGCAAAAGAGGACAAGAAAAUUAAGACUAAGGAAAAGACCGAAGAAAAGGCUAAGAAGGAAAUGAAAGUUGGGAAACAGGAGAAAGCGAAACCAGCAGCUGCAAAAGCCAAAGAAACUCCGAAAACAACACCGAAAGCCAGAGAGAAGGAUGACAAAGAAACGCCAGCUGUGCCCAAGCAUGAGCAGAAAGAUCAGUAUGCGUUCUGUCGAUAUAUGAUUGACAUGUUUGUCCAUGGGGAUUUAAAACCAGGACAAAGCCCAGCUGUGCCACCACCAUCAUUGACAGCUUCCAGACCUGCUUUGUCAACACCAUCACUGGAAGAAAAAGAAAAAGAAGAAAAGAAGAAAGUGGAGAAGAAAGUUACUUCUGAUACAAAAAAGAAAGAAAAAGGAGAAGCCAAAAAGAAAAGCGAGAAAGAAACUGUCAUUGAUGGGAAAGGAAAAGAGCCAGGAAAACCUCCUGAAACAAAACAAACAACCACCAAACUCACAACACAAGCUGCAGCUACCAAAGAUGAGAAGAAAGAAGAUUCCAAGAAAAUGAAAAAACCUCCAGAAGAGAAACCCAAGGGAAAAAAACAGGAAAAGAAAGAAAAGCACAUAGAAACAGCAAAGACACCAAAAAAGGAACAUCCAGCUCCAAGUGAAAAACACAGAAAAGCAAAAGCUGAGCAAGCCAAAGAAGAGAUUGCUCCUGCCUCAACAAAAAAGGCCCUGCAUGGAAAGAAAGAAGAGAAAGCCAAGACAGUGGAGCAAGGCAAAGAUGUAAAGCCUAAACUACCACAGCCACAACUAAAAAAGGAAGAGAAGUCCGAGCCACAACCAAAAAAAGAAGUGAAGUUGGAGACACAACUAAAAAAAGAAGAGAAGUCAGAGCCUCAAGUUAAGAAGGAAGCAAAACUAGCAUCAUCUGAAAAAGGCCAAACACGCAAACAGAACAUCACCAGACCAGAGCAAGUUAUUCCUCAUGGUAAACCAGAACAAAAAGUUCCCAAACAGAUAAAAGCUAUUACAGCAGAAAAGACAGAAAAAGCUGAACGCCAAGAAAAAUACCAUCCAUCUAUAAAAACAGAGGGAAAACCAGAAGUCACAGACUCAGGGAAGAAGAAAAUUGAAAAACCUGAAAAGGAAAGUAAAGUUCCACCAAAACAAGAAAAUCUUCAGGUGCGCAAUGUGACUAGAGCGGAAAAACGUGGAAAAAUAUCAAAAGAUUCCAAAGAUGCACCAGCUCCAAAGAAAGAUAAAGAAGACUCCAAAGAUGUCCUGCAUUCAAAGAAAGAUAAAGAAGUAACUAAUAAUGUGUCUUCACCAAAGAAGCAAAAAAGUCCCAUCAGUUUCUUCCAAUGUGUCUACUUGGAUGGGUACAAUGGCUAUGGAUUUCAGUUUCCUGUCACUCCUGUCCAACACCCUGGAGAGAACCCUGGCAAAUCAAACUCUCCAGGACAGAAGCAGCAAGAACAAUAGACACCCAUACAUGACCCUGACAACUGCUUUUACAUCAUGAAAGUGGAAUCUUCUCUUUUGUUCACAGUGGCACGGGCAGUCAAAACUAACCAGUGCUGAGAUUUCAUUGUAAACAUUUUGCCUGGCAUAAAGAAAUAGCAUGGACAAAAGGGUUGACUAAUAAGCAAAUGUGUUGAGGGUCUAAUACUUGAGAAUCUUUAUUUGUGUCUGUUGCUAUAGGAGGGGUACUUACAUUCAGCUCUUUCUAGUCGUUAUAAGGUAGUAAUCUCAUUAAAGUUUACUUUUAAAUGUAAUUGGCACAAUUACAAAAUGAGAUUUAUGACUUCAGGUAGAUAAUUUUUAAUUUGGUUAUAUAGACUGUGUUCUAAUUUUAAAUAGUACAGGAGCAUAUAUAAAAGUUAUUCUUCUGCAUCCUGUGGGUAGACUCAGUUUACCCAAAAACCUAUGUGCGUUAUUACAUUCAUUUCUGUUUCCAGUUCUAUUGUGUCAAGACUCUACAUAGGUGUGUCUUACACCAGAGUGCUCUAAAUCCCUUGUCAUAUCUAACAGAUGGGACAUGACAAAGAAUAAGUACUUGUUGGAUCUUAUCUCUGAGGUUGUCUUGAGCUAUGCUUAAGACAUUCUCUCUUAUGGACAUAUACUUGCAGUUAAGCAGGUCUGGUAAACCACUUGCUUAAUAUGCAAGUUAAUGAGAUAUGAAAUUUUCACAUUUCUCCAGAUUGUGCCCCAGUAAAUCCAUCACCUGGGUGAAGGUUUAGAUCAAACAUUAACUAUGGUUGACAAAUACAAACAUAGUUUUAUUUCUCAAUACAUUCUUUCUGUGAGAGUAAAUUUUUUUUCAAAUGGAAACAAUACAAAUUCCAUAAAUGUUUAAGCGAGAUAUUUUGGGCCUAGGCAUGUUUAUGAGAUGCCUUUCUUUUGGCUGAUUGAACAUUAACACCAGUUAAAUGAAUGGCAGUUUCUAAUAUACGUGUCCAGGCAUCACUGAAAAUAACAUCUUCUUGGUAAUACAAACACUCGAUUUUAAUGAACUUUUCUUAUCAACUCUAGAAAACAUGACUGUACUUUUUCUUCAAGUUUCCAGUUGUAGCUGAACUUGUGACAAAUUAACAAGUUCAACUCAUGGAAAUAACUUGAGUUACCAUUUCUGGCAUUAUCAGAAGCUCAGCCAAUGCUGAGCUACUGACUUUGUGAGCAAGCUGUGUGGUUGGUCUUAAAGUACUACAGCCAAACACAGUUCUUGAGGUCCAAGACAAAGGUUCAUUUUAUCAAUAUUCAGGUAAGAUGUAGAUCAGAUACAUCAUUAGUAUUAAUGAUGGAAUGUUGGUGACUCUUGUAAGAAAGUCAGCUUCAACCAGAUGCUGACAGACUGGAUUCACACUACAGAAACCAACACUACAAUGAACUAGUUUAAUGGAGCCAUUUGGAGGGGAAGGAGUACAUAAUUGACCAGAGCAAAUGAUACCAUCUUUCAAAACACUUCAUUCAGCAAUUCAAACUCACAAGGAGAACAGUGGAUAAAGCGCUCUACUUAGUUGGAGUUUCACCCAUGCAAGUUCCUGAGUAUGGAACAGAGAACAAAUGUGACAGUUGUUUUAAAAGACAUGCUACAGAAUGGGUUAUCCACUAAGUUAUUACCUUUCAAUGACUAUAUACUAAGCUCUUAGUCUUUCUAUUCUGUGUCAGAUAAUACAGCAAAAGGUUUUACUUCAUGCUACACUGGCACAGUAAAUGACAUUCAAAAAUGCAUUAUAUAUAUAUAUAUAUAUAUAUAUAUAUAUAUAUAUAUAUAUAUAUAUAUAUAUAUAUUGGGUCUGUAUCUCCAGGUUACCAGGAACCAUCAAAACAAACAGCUCAGAGUUGUUUUGGAGACAGAUAAAGUGUCUUAAUAUGGAUUUGUUUGAAAACACUUUCUGAAAUUAUGGUUUUGGAGAUUACAUUAAUCUUAUCUCCACCAAUUUCGAAAUAUCCAUCUAUUUUCUUUAUGAAACAAAUUGACAAAAUAUAAGAGAUGUUACUAUAAAUUUAGAUGUUAGAGAAAACAAUUAUGGUAUAAUUAAUAUUAACAAUAAUUAUUACAUUUUGUCUAAAAUUUCAAUGUUGAGUAUAAUUUGAAAAUAUUAUCCAAACUGGCAUCUGUUUGUAUCUUUACAUUAAUAAAAUACUUCUGACCCCUGA